GUCUGGGCUUCAGUAUAGCAGGCGGUGUGGGGAACCAACACGUUCCUGGAGACAACAGCAUCUACGUCACCAAGAUCAUCGAGGGCGGAGCGGCGCACCGAGACGGACGGCUACAGAUCGGGGACAAAAUACUGGCGGUGAACCACAUGUCUCUGGAGGACGUCCUGCAUGAAGACGCCGUCUCUGCUCUGAAGAACACGGGGGAGGUUGUCUACCUGAAGGUGGCCACGCCCACAUCACAGUACAUCCACCCAGCUGAUCGAUACAGCCCCCCCGACCUCACCAGCUCCUACAUGGAGCCGGACUACAUGUGUGAUUACCCACAAGCCCUCCCUCCUCCGUCUCCACGGCGAUAUUCCCCGAUCCCCCGCGGCAUGAUGGGAGAGGACGAGUACUCCCGGGACCCUCGGCGAGUGUGCGUCCAGCGCGGCUCCACCGGCCUCGGCUUCAACAUCGUUGGCGGUGAGGACGGCGAGGGAAUCUUCAUCUCCUUCAUCCUGGCAGGAGGACCAGCAGACCUCAGCGGAGAGCUCCGCAAGGGAGACCAGAUCCUCAGUGUGAACGGUGUGGAUCUCAGGUACGCCACACAUGAACAGGCAGCAGCAGCUCUGAAGAACGCUGGACAGACUGUUACCAUAGUAGCACAGUACAGACCUGAGGAGUACAGUCGCUUCGAAGCAAAGAUCCAUGACCUGAGGGAGCAGAUGAUGAACAGCUCGUCUGGAAGUCUGAGAGCCAACCGCAGCUUCUACGUGAGGGCGCUGUUCGACUACGAUAAGCAGUGGGACUGUGGCGUCCUAUCACAAGCUCUGGACUUUAACUUCGGGGAGGUGCUUCAUGUGAUGGACAGCACUGAUGAUGAGUGGUGGCAGGCCAGACGAAUCAACCAGCAGGGGGAGCUAGAGGAGCUGGGAUACGUCCCCUCUAAACACAGGGUGGAGAGGAAGGAGUGGUCACGUAUGAAGAGUAAGACUUUUCAUGGUUCAGGUCGAGAAGGUUUCGUCCACAGCUACGAGCUCGUCACUCAGAUCGAAGUGGACUACGCUCGUCCCGUCAUCAUCCUCGGCCCGACCAAAGACCGAGUCAACGACGACCUUCUGUCCGAGUUCCCCGACAAGUUUGGCUCCUGCGUCCCUCACACCACCCGUCCUCAGAGGGACUACGAGGUCGACGGGAGGGACUACCACUUUGUAUCGUCACGGGAACAGAUGGAGCGUGACAUCCAGUCCCACCGCUUCAUCGAGGCGGGCCAGUACAACAACCACCUGUACGGGACGUCGGUGCAGAGCGUCAGACAGGUGGCCGAGCAGGGGAAGCACUGCAUCCUGGACGUGUCAGCCAACGCGGUGCGGAGGCUGCAGGCAGCUCAGCUCCACCCCAUCGCCAUCUUCAUCCGACCACGAUCCCUGGAGAACAUCCUGGAUCUGAACAAGCGUCUGUCGGAGGAUCAGGCCAGGAAAGCUCUGGAUCGAGCCAUCAAACUGGAACAAGACUUCCUCGAGUGUUUCACAGCCAUCGUGCACGGCGACAGCUUCGAGGAGGUGUACCACCUGGUCAAAGCCGUCAUCGAGGAGCAGAGUGGCCCGUACAUCUGGGUCCUUACCCGCGACAGACUCUGAUUGGCUACCAGCCACUGCCAGCGACAGGAGACGGUCUCCAUGGAAACCGUCGCCAAGGAGAGCAGAUGUUUGUCUUUUUAUGGUUUUA